AUGAAGCCGGGUAAGCAGCCAGGGCGGAAAGCGACCAGGUACCGACCUCCCAUCAAGCACAGCAAGACAUUCUCUGGCUGUUGGACGUGUCGUUCACGCCAUGUCAAGUGCGAUGAAGGGCGUCCCGCUUGCGCUAGGUGUCUGAGGGGCGGGUUCGACUGCCAGGGCUAUGGGGUCAGACUGGUCUGGAACCCAGACAAUCCAGCACGCGUGCAAAAUAUCCGACGUGCGAUAGGCAAUCCAGCAAUCUAUGAUGAGGAGUCGCCAUUCAAGCGAGUUGACGUACACGAGGCUCUGGAGGAGAUAGAGCGGCUGUCCGAAGAAGGCAAUUGCUUAUCUCGCGGUCCGUUCUCAGUCUUCGCUGUACAAGGUACUUGGCCCAAGCCAGAUGUCGAGGAGGCAAGCCUUAGUGCAGCUCAUCCAGCAGGGUUGCUUGACGACGUCGACGACCAUAGUUCCACAACAGCCUCGGCGAACACGUUUGAGAUUGAUGUGAGUGUGGGAGGGGGCUCCGAAGCAGACGAUGAGAUAGAGACAAUAGUCUCGCCAUCUAUCGGGACGCCUUUUUCCUCAUUACAUGAAUACGACUGCUUGCAGCAACAUCGGCGCUCUAGCGAUGUUAUGCCACUCUCAACACGCCAUUUGGAUCUUCUCCCACGUCCCUCCGAGCAACGAGCGCUGGUCCAUCACUGGACGGACUUCGUAUGCUGGCACCUGGUUCCGGUCGACCGACCGGACAACCCAUUCCGAAGCGUCUUCACGCCCAUGGCACUUGCAGGGCUUACCUCGCCGUCAAGCCAGUCCAAUGGGCAGGUCGCGCUGUUCCACGCAUUGUGUGCGACCGCGGCAUUUAGUCGCGGCCAAUUGCUCAACCACGAGGCCAAGUCGCUCACUCUUGCCACGAAACACUACAACCUGGCAAUCAUGCAUCUGAGACACAGCCUGGCGAGCCUGGAGGAGCACCCCAACACCCACGAAGUCGACCUCCAAAGGGGCUCCAUACUCGCCACCAUAACCAUGUUCUCAGCCAUGGACAUGAUAACCGGUCGGUCCAACGAAUGGCGGACCCAUCUGCAAGGUGGCGCAUCCUGGCUGUCGACCAUCGAAGACAGUGCCUGGAACAGAGACAAGUCCUCAUCGAUGGUCUACCAGGGAUACCUUGCCAUCGCGGCACUCUGCAACAUCAAUCUCCCGUCCACAAUCGACGUGGAGAGCGAAAAUUUCCUAGCCGACACGAGGCAUUACGUGCUUGAUCGCUUCUUUGGCCUGACACGCCCCAUACUCAAACACAUAGUCCUGACGAACUCGCUCAUCAAACGCAUUUCGAGGGCGUCAUCAAGAUCACCGUCCGCACAGGAGAUCGACAACCUCGAGAGCCAACUCUACGCGCAAUCGCCCACGAACCUCGAUCUCUCAUCCCAAGACCUGACGCCCCUGGCGCACACUCUCACCCUUCACCACGCCUACGUCUUCUACUACGCCUCGCUGAUCCACUUUCACCGCACAAUUCGUCAUCUCCACCCCGGCUCGCCUAUCAUCCAAGCCCUUGUUACCAGCGCCGUCAGUCAUCUCGAAGACAUCGAAACCUUAGGCGGCGAGAGUGUAGGUUGCACGUUGGUCUGGCCGCCAUUCAUCGUGGCGUGCGAAUGUGUCGACGAAGGGACCCAGCAGAAGAUGCUAAGCUGGUAUAUGUGCAAAAGGAGGCAUGGGUUCAUGAACCUAGAAAUGAGCAAAGAUAUAGCAAGGGAGGUGUGGCGGAGACGGACGAUCGUUGAUGAUGCCACGGACGUAAAAUGGCAGGACGUGCUGAGGGAGAUGAAGCUGGACAUUGUGCUUGCCUGA